GGAGAGAGAAGAAGAGAGAGGAGAGAGAGGUAGAAAGAGAGAGAGAGCGAGUGGCAGAGAGAGAGAGAGAGAGAGAGUGGCGGUUAUAUAUAUGAAGCUUACGGUGGAGGAGCGACAAUGGUUACAGACGAAGCGAUAGCAGAAGCCCUGGACUCCCUCAUACGCGAAUCAACCCCGUCUCAAUUCACCUCCAUAAACGGUGUUGUUUUACAGCUCGAGUCCAAGCUAGGGCUAAAUCUGUCCCACAAGCUCGAGUUCAUUCGCUCCCAGAUCCAUCUCUUCUUCCAAUCCCACCAGCCACAGUCACAACCGCCGCCCCCGCAGCCACCCUCACAACAGCAACCCCCGAAAGACCAUUUUACCCUACAGCAAGCAACCAAUUUCUCAACUGGCCCUCCCAAUUUCGCCCCUCACCGCACCGAGGACCUCAAUUUCCGGCGCGACCCAACUCCUGCCCCUCCGGCCGAGCCCACUGGCGGCCCCGUUGCAGUCCCCGAGGCUCCGCCUCAAGAAAGUGCUCGAGCUGGAACUAAAAGAAGAGGUGGUCCAGGGGGUCUAAACAAAGUUUGCGGUGUUUCACCUGAACUUCAGACCAUUGUUGGCCAGCCAGCGCUGCCAAGGACCGAGAUUGUGAAACAGCUCUGGGCAUACAUAAGGAGAAACAAUCUCCAAGAUCCAAGUAACAAAAGGAAGAUAAUUUGCAACGAUGAGCUACGUUUGGUAUUUGAGACAGACAGUACUGACAUGUUCAAGAUGAAUAAGUUGCUAGCUAAACAUAUAAUCCCUCUUGAACCUACUAAACAGUCAGGUGAACAGUCGAAGAAAUUAAAGGUUGAUGCAGGAGCUGGAACAAAAAGUUCUGAAUCUGGGCCCUAUGUAGUAAUAUCUGAAGCACUUGCAAAUUUUUUUGGUACUAGUGGAAGGGAGAUGCUUCAGUCCGAGGUGUUAAGACGUGUUUGGGAAUACAUAAAGGUCAAUCAUCUGGAGGAUCCUCUAAAUUCAAUGGUGAUACUUUGUGAUGCAAAGCUUCAAGAGAUUUUUGGAUGUGAGAGCAUUUCUGCAUUAGGGAUACCUGAAAUCUUGAUGCGCCAUCAUCUAUGUAAGAGAUCAUGACAGCUGAUCGGAUUGACAGAUGUGUGGUGUUAAUGCGAAUCCUCUCCAUUCUGACAUUUUAUCUGAUACCACUUGGGAAGUUGAUUUGGUUUCUGGGCUUUGGUUGUCUACAUUUCAUGUUGGCAACUUUGUUAUGUAAAGAAUGAAAAUGUACUGCAGGCAAAUGGUGAUUUUUAUCAUGUUGUUGGUACCAUUGCCCUAGGGUUUGUGCUUUCUACCUUUGACAUCUUAGGUUACAUUUUCCCUUGGAAGUUUCUAACACCUGUAAUGUGCAGACAGUAGGAAAACUCGUGGAAAUGUAAAAAGAUGAUGUUUAACUUUUCUUGUUCAUGGAAGACAAUGCUAACUUAAGCUGCAA